CACAAUGCAUGUCUUCUCUCCUGCUGCAUCUCCGGUAGUGAUUCUUGUGCAUAUAUACACCACACACUGCACUACACACUGUCCUAGUGAACUCCCCAGAGUGAAUCUUCUUUACCGUCGUCUGUCCGAGGAACCAUGACGAUCGUAGAGAUGCAUGUGAACAUCGACUGCGACGGCUGCGAGGGCAAGGUCAGGAGAGCCCUGGAAAAGCUCGAAGGAGUGCACCACGUAAGCAUAGACAGGAUGCACGGCAAGGUGACGGUGACGGGAUCGGUGAGCCAGAAGAAGGCGCUCCGGGCGGCGCGGCGCACGGGAAGGCUCGCCGUGCUGUGGCCCUCCGGUUCCGCUUCCGCCUACAACUACAACCCGGCGUAUUACCACCACCAAGCCCACGCGCAGCCGGCGGCCUCCUACUACCAGUACCAGUACCAGCUGUACCACCAGGCCAAGCCCGCGCAUGCGCAGCCGCAGCAGCACCACUACUACUACAGCAGCGUCCCGCGCGCCGGCAAGAACAGCAGCGGCGGCGGCUCGGCGGCGGCGGUGGGCAGGAAGCCGGCGGUGGCGCAGCUGUACCCUCAGGCCAAGGCCAGCUCCUCCUACAACUACCAUGUCCACGGGUACUACGACUCGGAGCUCUACGGGAACUACCAGGAGCAGGAGCAGCCCGGCGAAGUAGUGCCAGCCGCCGUGCGGAACUACUUCAGUGACGAGAACCCGAGUGCUGCUUGCUCGAUCAUGUAGUCAUCGAUCCUCCUCCAUGACUCCACGAGAUCGGUGCGGUAGUUGUUCCGCUGGUGUCUGAUUGAUCAUCGGGCCUCUCGUUGUGUCUGGGUGUGUGUGUUCCCUGUAUCUUGUAUACAUGUAUAUAUACAAAUGUACAAUACAGUCUUGUUUGUACAAG